CUAUGCUGUACCUACUGUAUACCUACUCCGUAUUUCUGAUCCUGGUAUUUUGGGAUGCCGUACAGCCUCUGUCCGAACUUUAACCGUACUAUAGCACGCAAUGUCCUUACUUAAGCAUUCCAAGACCGUUGUUAAAACUACUGUACCGCUCUGACUGUUCAAACUUUCAGAUGUUUCACGCCCCAAGGGUCCUUGGGUUGGCGAGAGUGAGGAGAGAGGGGCUAGGUUGUAACAGUGACCAUUCUUCAUUCGUUCAUCCUGCCCUCCACCAGUCAGCUGCACACUGCGCAGGCGUGUCUCACGAAACUCGCUCACAUUGGUUGUAAAGUUUGUGCGAUGGAUUGUUUUUCUAUGCGAUGCGGAAGAUCCCUGUACAGAUGGAUCAUUCCGCCACACGCCUACGAGCCGCCGCCAGCCCGCCGAUAGCCUUCUGUGUCGCCAGAUACAGGCUACUGGGCUGGUAGUUCCCUUCCCACCCGCGAGGCAUUUCAGCGCAGAAUGUUUUUUUUUUUUUUGCCCCUGGCCCCUUAUUUCCAGUCAAGUUUGAGAACCCUGCCGCACUCCCUGGUCCAUUCUGUAACCGGAACUCCCCCAUACAUAAUUUUCAAAUAGGCGCCUGGCCAAGUAUCUGAACUUCUGAAGAGCUUUGCCGAGAGUCUACUAUCAUAGGUCAAUAAUAUUCUCCGGUUGCUCGUCUCGACACGAAAUGGAGAAGCGUCGACUUAUUCUUGCCGCUCUUAUUCUAUGCGCCCUUGCGUCCAUGGCCUCCUCGAAAGUGCUGCUUACGCGAGCGACGGCCAUUCUCACGGGACUCAAUCUCGCUGGAGGCCCCAAUGGUGGCACACUGCUCGGAUAUGGAAGAGCUACCAUUUCCAUUUACACAAAUGGGUUGUUUUACGAGGUGCGGACGUUUGUGAGGGCCAGCAACCUCUACAGCAACGGCAAUCUCCCUCUAUAUGGAGUGUACAUUGGCGGCCGUUUCACAGCUCCAGACAGUGCAUACGUGCGUGUGCCGCCAUUCAUCAUGAACUGGAGAAACAGCACCCUGGGCGGACCCAUUAACAAGCAGGUUAAGUUGUACAGUUACCAGGCGACUAGGGAGGUCGUCUACCUCACUCACUUCUUGUACAAGUUCUCCCCAGCAUACAAGCUCAUGAACAAUCCGCGAGGCCAUUUUGCCGUUAUCUCCUAUUACGGCAACCAGUGUGCGUUAAGGGGGCAAUUUAUCAGGACUUAUGGCUUUUUAAAUUAGAGGAAAUACCAUUUACCAGUGCUUUCUGUUGUAUUUGCGUGUGCUUAAAUAUAGCGU